AUGGCAAGAAAAGUGGAAAAAAACGUGUUAAUCAGCAUUCGAGUUUGUAUCAGACUGGUCGUCAAAAUCGAAAAUGCUAUCGUCGUCAUCAUCAUCUGGAAGAUCUGCUUCAGUUGCAGCACGGAGCAAGUCUUCGUCCGUUUUGAUAUCAUCCUCAUUCAUAUUAAUAUCGUCCGUGAUAUCCUCAUUCAUCUCGUCUUCCAGGUCUAUCUGAAAACAAAAGAUUCGAUUGACGUUUUCUGA